GUCAGGUGGGGGCGGCCGAGCCGGGCGCCAGCCGAGGCAGGAAGGGAGGCGGCUGUGGAGCCAUUCUUAAAGGGGCCCGAGAGAUCCCACGGCGACGGGCCGCUGACGGCCGGAAGGAAAAUGAGUGAGUCUUUGGUGGUUUGUGAUGUUGCUGAAGACUUAGUGGAAAAGCUGAGAAAGUUUCGUUUUCGAAAAGAAACCCACAAUGCUGCCAUUAUAAUGAAGAUUGACAAGGAUAAGCGCCUGGUGGUACUGGACGAGGAACUUGAGGGCAUCUCCCCAGAUGAACUUAAAGAUGAACUACCUGAGCGGCAACCUCGAACCUUCAUUGUGUAUAGUUAUAAGUAUCAGCAUGAUGAUGGAAGAGUUUCUUACCCUCUGUGCUUUAUUUUCUCCAGUCCUGUUGGAUGCAAGCCUGAGCAGCAGAUGAUGUACGCUGGGAGUAAGAACAAGCUAGUCCAGACAGCUGAGCUAACCAAGGUAUUUGAAAUAAGAAAUACUGAAGACCUAACUGAAGAAUGGCUACGGGAGAAACUUGGAUUUUUCCACUAAUGUGAACGUCUGUGUUUCUAAAGUGUUUAUGUAUUAACCUGACCAUACUGGAACCAGACAUAAAUAGUUAAUUUAUGCCUAAAAAUGCACUGUUACUUACAGUUUGUUUCCUGCAGUAAAGAAAACUUCUUCAUUUGUGCAGUUUGAACAAAGGGGAAAUCAUCUUCAUAGUAAUGAGACUUUGUGAAGCAUUUCCUUGUGUUUGUCAUUGUUAGGCGGACCACUUUCCUCCAGGGUGGUUUGCACCCCGAGACUAAUUUCUAUCAUUUAUGAUUGAGAAUUUACUGUUUGCAGACACUAUUGAAAGGUGGGUACUAGACUGUGAUAGACACAUUUCCUCCUGUGACCACUACUGGGUACUGGCAGUUUACAAGUGCAAAGAGCAUUUUAUCACUUGUCACAUCAUUGAGGUUCAUUUGGGGCUAAAGUCUUAAAGUAACCGAUUUUGAGCCAAGAGUAGUGAAUUAGUAGAACCUCUGUUGCACUUCCCAUGAGUUUUCAUUCUUUCUUGGUGUCCUGUAUCUUUUUAAUCAAGUAUAGAAACUGUAUCAAUCACUCAUUCUCAAGGUCUGGGAGUUCAAUUUUAUGGUAGAGUUGUGAUUAUUAGCUUUUCUUCUUAUGGGAAAUAGAAUCCUAGUCUUAGAAACUGGUGAGUUAUAUAAUCAAGGGCUUCGUUCCUGAUUAUGUCACUAAUAGGGAGCUUAGAAUGUAGCUUGGUGACACUCUAAAGCACCUCCUAAGUCUUGUGAGCACUGUUUGAAAUGUGUCGAUACUGUGCCUUUGACUUGUCAGCAUUAACAUUAGCUUAAGACUUCUACACUGCCAGUAUUCUAGAUUUGGUGAAAUUAAUAAUUUUUUAAAGGGUCCAAGUAAAACAAUUUUCUAAUAUGUGUAACUGAAGUUUGUAAUAAAACCAAUUUGUUAUUUUUAAAAAUCCAACUAUCUGCCCAAAGUCAUGAAUAUAUGGUGGUGAGAGUUAUAAUUUGGGGUAUAUUUACUAUUAGUUUUGUGCUAUAUGUAAGCAUUAUUUAAUACUUUGGUCAUAGUUAAUAAUAACACAUCGAUAGAUGUCAUACCUUUUAUCCUAAAUGUCAGAAGAAAUUCUAAAUGUACAAAGCCAGUCAUGUUAGAUGGUGACACUACGCUUAGGAAGCAGGCAUUAUAAUCUACUUGCAGUUAUUAUAUUAUACUUAAGAAAACAUGUAAGAAACUGUUGAUUUAAAAAGAAAAGUAGAGAGACUGUAGAGGCUAACCAAAUUCUUACAUUAAGAAGGUAGUCAUUUUGAGCUGGGCAGUGGUAGUACACACACCUUUAAUCCCAGUACUUGGGAGGCAGAGGCAAACGGAUCUCUGAGUUGGAGGCCAACCUGGUCCACACAACAAGUCCCAGGAUAGCCACAGCUACACAGAGAAACCCUGUCUCAAAAACAAAAAAAAAAAACAAAAAAAUCGUUUCAAAACAAGCAAAACAUUUUUAUGUGUUCAUUGCAUAAUAUUCGUCAUAUUUAGAGCUCUGCCAGCUCUACUGGAGCAAAGAGUUGGAUUUGACGGUGGAAUAGCCUGUAUUGUAUUCCCAGAUGUGUGUUCACUAACCUGUAUGUCAGGAAGGAAUUGCAAGAGCAGGAGGAGGUGUUUGCAUUGGCUCAUGAAUGGAAAAGCUCCUUUUUUUCAGUUUCCAGAGAGUGAGAAAACUUCACCCAGGAAAUUUAAGAGUUUACUAUACAGGUGUUUUGUUAUGGGUUAGAGAAUUGCUUGCUUAUAAUCCUACAGAAAGCAAAUGAGAUCCAAGUAGAGAGUAACUUUAAUAUUUUGAAUGAAAUAAAUAAGGUUUUGUUUUACCUGUUUGCACAAGUACGCUGUUGAAAGUAGUGCUACAAGAGUGUACAUUUUAAACACGGUUCUUUCUUUUGGCGUGCAUAUUUAACUUAGUUUUGCAAAUUUUGAAGUCUUCCAUCAGAUUGAUGGCACUGACCUGCCAUACACAGAACUCUAUGUCCAGCUCUCUAGCAGCAACACAGGGUGGUCAGCAGCUUUCUUUUUAAGCUUGUCCAGUCUUCCCAGUAAGUGUCCCUUUUGUAAGGCAGCACAUUGGACUGGGGCAUCAGUAGAACAAAAUUUUUAUUCUGUCUGUCCUUAGGCAAGUUUGUAAGUCCUAUGCUCCAAAGUAUUCCUCAAAUAUUUAUGUAAUUUUCCCUUUAGCUAAAAUUUAUAUUCCUUUAGAGUAUUUUUAUUAUUCCUUUUGUAUCUUUCCAUAAAGAGCAUGUCCAGAUUUCUUAAUUCCAGCUUUUACACUCCAUGUCUUUCUGGAACAAACAUUCCCACUCAGCCUUAAAUCUUAAUCUUUCCUUUUUGGAAGCCACUCUCUCCAGGAACCUCUUUUGUUUUCUAAGUCAGCAUUGGUUCGGGAAUUUCUGAUUUUAUUUAAGUUGUGCAUAGCAUCUAAUGUCAGAACCAACUAGGAAUCACAUUGUGUAUUUAAUACAGUUUUUUUUGUGACCACAUAAGUGACAUAUGAAGAAAGGUAUUCUCAGGUUACUGUGCUGAAAUUCCAAAAUGGCUUGAGUUUUGAACAGUAAUCACUUUGUUCUGAUAUUGAAGCAAAUGUGUUAGGAAAAAAGCUAGUUGGCUGUUUUGUUUAAUUGAUUUCUACACCCUGUUUGAAUCAGAUGCCUAAUGCAGUUAAACAUUCUUUUGUAUAAGGAGUUUUGCUAGAUUUUUUUGUCAUUACCAAAUACUUUGUAGCAAAACGUGUGCGAGCAUUUUCCUUCCCUUUUUGUCUCCUAUUUUCAGGAGCCAAACUUAGCCAUAAACUGUUUCCUGGUCUGCCACUUUCACUAACGGUUUCCAGAUAGAGGAGUUUAUUGCCAAAUUAAGCUUGGCUCUUAUCCCACCCAGAUAGAAACUAAAGAAGAUGCACAGAAGAAAUAAAUGUUCAGAUGCUUUAGAACUCAUGUAACAACAUCAAUGUGUAUAUGAACUAGUGAAUAGAUAUUUUCAUAAGGGCUGAAAUGCCAAUAUUUGGGAAGUAGAGAGUAGAGUAUAUUCUAUCAGUUCCAUUGAGUGUUAAUAUGGCUGCACUCCUUAUUUGCUCUGUAGACUGAUAAUACUGGAAUCCAUAAAGUUUGAGCCUUUACAACUUAUGGGAAGAAAUGUUGCAAACAUUUCUGGAUGAACCUUAUUUUGUAUUUCUGGAAGAAUGUAAAUAAUCUCCUAGGCCUCUUCAUGCUGAUGGUUCCAAGACAAAAUGUUUCUUGUUAAACCAUUUGACAUUUCAGAUCAGUGAUCAUAUUCCUGUAAUGUUUAAAACAACUACAUUAAGCUUGUAAUACAAUUUCUUGCUUUUUAGAAUAUAAAUACUUGAAUAUUAUUUGAGAUCACUAACAUGCCAGGGCAAGUCCCACUGACUUUGAUGGUCCACUAUAAUCUCAUUCAGGAGGCUUGAAGCAUCAGUGGUUUAGUCUUGUGGACUUCAACAGUUCUCUGUCAUUCUUUAAGAAAACCAACAACUGGCAUUACUCCUGAGCUGUGGUUUCAGUCUCUGCUAGUUCAUACCGCAUGUUUAUUUUGGAGUCUUUUGGUAAGCAUGGUGCUUGUCUGGUUUAAAUAAAAUGCUAACCUGAAAGGA